GUUUCAUUAAUGCACCUAUGGGUUUGCAGAAUGACACACGGCAGCUCUGAAUACUAAAGAUAAGGUUUUUGCGUUGUUUGAAGGGCUUUAAAAUUUGAUAUGUGAAGUCUGCUGACGGUGUCUCGUGUUUCUAGGCCGCCUUCCCGACCAACAGGCUACAGUGUAAACAAUGGGAAUGAAUGCCAGCCAAGGCCAAUACCAGGAGGCUUCCAUAGACAGUUGGGUAGAUUCUGAGGACUAAGUGCUCUUACCCUGAAAUAGGAACAGCCGAAUUAAAUUCUUUGUCGAUACUAGAAGAGGAGCACCAUGGCAGAAGCUCAGUCUGACUGCCAGAGACAGUUUCAGGCGGCUGUGUCUGUCAUCCAGUCCCUGCCAAAAAAUGGUUCUUACCGCCCAUCCCAUGAGAAGAUGCUGAAGUUUUACAGUUACUACAAACAAGCAACUGUGGGCCCCUGUUGCAUCAGCAGGCCUGGAUUCUGGGAUCCCGUUGGUCGCUUAAAAUGGGAUGCAUGGAAAGCUCUGGGGAACAUGUCGAAAAAAGAGGCCAUGGGAAAUUACGUUGAAGAGAUAAAAAAAGCAGCUGCAGAGGUCAUGGAUAAAAUGUCAGGGACUGAAAAUGCAGAGCAGCAUUUCCACCUGUUCGAACCGCUGUACGAAGUUGUUGAGGACAUGCCUCGGCCGCCAGGCUUUCCCCUGAAGAAGGCACCAGGAAAGACAGUCCGAUUUCAAGAGGAUGUUGAGCAAGAUGGUGUCAGUAGUCAUGAGACACGUCAAAUGAAUAACGUUCAUUCAGAAGGUGAAGUUCGUGAUCCAGAGGUUGAGACUUUACAGCUAGAAAAUGGCAAAGAACCACGGCCUCUGGAGAGCUCCACUAUUCUUCAAAGAGUUACAGGCAGUGACUUUAAUUGCACAGCAGAUGUAGUCGAUGCCAAUCAGUUCACGAGCGACUCAGAGAGCGAGGUCUUCUGCGAUUCAGUGGAAGAACUGGACCAUGAGAAGAUUUCAGAGAAAUACAGUAAUGGAGUGAUUGCCAAAUGUUCUCAAGAUUCUUCCCACUCACAAGACAUUGCGCACACUCCACUGGUCCACAGCGCCUCACUGAACUCUUACUGGCCAGCUGGGUACCAGCUUGCAGCCGAAGAGUUGCAUCAUUGCCAGUCGACAUGUACCAGUAGCACUGAGGAGCAUGAAUUGGUUACAGGUGCUCAGAAGAAAAAGAAGGAGAAGACAGCAUUUGCGGAUCCCUCCUUGGGACCUGAUGACAAGCUGAUCAAGGAAAAUGGCUUGCAGCAAGUUGAAGGCAGGUGCUUUCAGAGGCUACAAAAUGGCCUUGUCAACAAUACAGAGGUCAACAAAAGGAGGAUGCACGGAGCAAAGGGCAGAAUCAACCUCAAUGACAAGAUUGGAACAAUACUUCUACGCCUACAGGAGGAUAUGCAGAAUGUCUUACAGCGACUCGGACAGUUAGAGGAACUGACAACCUCUCAGAUGGAUACAGCUGAGUUACAGCCUCCAUGCUUGAAAAUGACUGGGCUUAAGAGAGCUUCCAGGUGGUUGUUCAAUCCAUCCAGACGGACCUUGAUGUUUUUAGUUUUGUGGCCUUUUGUUGCUCAGUGGAUAGUCCAUGUACUUCGCAAGAGAAGGAGCUGAGGAAUUGUGGGACCAUUUUCAUUGAUCCCAAGAAGGAAUGAGUUUGCAAACAUGCACUCAACAGCCUUGAAGAAAAUAAGUAAACCUCUUAAAGGACAACACUAAGAGUUCACCUUUUUUGUAUGGUAAGAUGUAAUAUAUUGACAAUGAAGAAAAUUGAUCCCAAAGUCACUUUGGACUGGAGAUUUUUUUUUCCAAAAAAAGAAAUGCUAGGGGAUAAGAAAAGUUUAACAACCAUCUGCUUUUUAAAUAAAAAUAAAAAGUUAAUAGUCUUAAUGGCUGCAUUUGCCCCUCAAACCCAUACAGAAGAAUUUUGUGAGAUAAUGUAGCAUUUCUUUACUGGAAACAACAUCAAUGAUAAAAAUAAAGCAAGGUCGACCUUUA